GCUGCUAUCUCAGUAGCGGAGCAGAGAGCGAACACGAUCCGAGAGAUCCAUCGCUCGCGCCAGUUCGCGCGCGCGCGAUCUUUCCCUUUUCUGUGAAAGUCGAUCCCAAGGAUCGCUAAGUAGCUAUUUCUCUUUCUUUCCCUCUGAAAGCUCGGUCGAUCCUGUUCCGUUAGUGUGUAGCUCGUGAUUGAUUGCGUAUUUGUACGAUUGCAAUCGUUAUCGGUGAUCAGUGCUGACUGGAUCAGGUCUAUAGUAUGACGAGGAGGCACACGAUAAUCGUAAAGCUUAAGAGAUCCAGCGCCGGCAGACCUUGGGGCAUAAGGAUCGCCGGGGGCGCCGAUCUGGGCGCGCCGAUCGUCGUCACCCGCUCGGAGAACGAGGCGCUCCAGAGGGGUGACGUGAUCAAGAAAAUCGACGACUACGACGCACGUGAUGUGAGGCAUGUAGACGCACAGAAUCUUCUCCAAAACUCCGAAACCAUAAAGCUAGUCAUCGAAAGGUCUGAGCCGUCGAGCGUCACAGCAUCAUCGCGUAUCGACACUAUCAACACUAUCAACACCGUGUCACCACCACCCACGAUUUUCAAGUCAAUCUUUGGCGACGGGGCUGCGGUCACUAGUCUGUACAAACAGCCGAAGGAACGUUUUCAGGAAUUACCGAAGAGUCCGAUAGCGCCACCCUCCGUCGAAGAAUACACACCAGUUCAGACUCCUGAUUAUACUCUUCGCAGCACGAUCUUCUUGCCUCGUGAACACCUUGACGAAGUCCGCGAAGAAAGAGUUCAUCUGUCGCAGCCCUAUCGUACAACUCCUUUGGUCUUGCCAGGCGCUAAGGUCAAGAAGGAUGCUCCUCUUGGCGAAUGCUAUCUGCGACAUCAUCCAAAUCCGAUGAUCAGGGCGGCACCCCAUCAUUAUGAACCAGCUCAUCCUGAAGUUGCUAUGAAGCAAAAGGUGGCGGAAUCGGUACUUCAACGAGUCAUGGGACCGAAUGAAGUUCCAAAGAUUGUUCAUAAGCAAUUCAACUCGCCGAUCGGACUCUAUUCGGAGCAGAACAUUGCGGACACCAUUAAGUGCCAAGCGUCCGCUGUACCCAUUUUCAUAGACUUUUCCUUCCUGAAACAGAAACAGGAAAUACAGGAGCAAGCGAGAAUCUUGAAGGAGCAGGCCAAGGCCGCCUCCUCGAAGAACGUGUGGCCGCAAUUCAAUAAAUUAAAUUAAAAAUUGUCGAGAGACGUUCGAGACGUUUUCCGAUGCUUCUCGCACGUCGAAUCUACGACAGCAGAGUUUUUCCGUUUUCACGUGAAUCAUUGGACACGUUCCUUCGUUACAAAAUAUAACAAAUUAUUAACACUUAUAUAAGACUUAAGUUACGAAUUAUAUUCAACAAGGUAUUUCUAAAAUUUUUAAAGAAAGUUGGUAGGAUUUAAUAUAACACAAAUUAUUAAAUGAUUAAUUCAAAAGAAGAGUAACAUAGAAAAUUGUGUAUUGCAUAAUUAUUAAAAAAAUAAACAAAUAUUUUAUCUGUUCAUUAAUAAAUGUACAAUGUAUAAUUAUAAUUACAUUUACAAUAUUAAUAUUUGGAAUGAUUAAAUAUUCACAUUAAAAACAAUAAAAAAUAGAAAGAUUAAGUUGAUUACUAUUUACUUUCAACGUCAGAAGUUUUAUCGUUUUAAUAAAAUAAUAUAUCUAAUUGUCCGUAUUACCAAUAUGAAUAAAUUGGCAACCUAAUUGUAAUAUAAUGAACGUGACCACUGAGUUCUAAUAUCGCGAAACGAACAUACAAUUAUUUCGGAUUAGUUUGCUAUUUAUAUUACAUAGUAAAAAUUGUAGACGCGUUACUUGAUGAAAUUGGAGUGUUUUCGCGAAUCCGCGUAAAAGGCUUUUUCUUUAGUGCUAGCUGGAAAAUUUUGCAUGUGAUAGAAUAAUGAAUAAUUAAUAAUUAGUACAAUAGUAAACAAAACGUAAGAAUAUCUACUAACUUCGAUGUUUUCUUAACGAGUGUUUAUAUGCUUGUAUCGUAGAUAUCGUGCACGAAUAAUUCGAGAUGACAUUCGAAAAUUCCGUCUUUCAAAAGUUAUUUUUGUUUUUUUACCUUUUUUUUAUAAUUAUCUAGUGUUGCAUGAUACCAAAAAUUCUACAAUAAAAAUUAAAACAAUUUGCGAGUUAAGUUUUGAGAGCAUAAAUAAGUGAUAGAAUUUAAAAUGAUUUUUGAACAAAAGAAAAAAAA